CUUCGUACCUCGUCACUUCGUUGCAGCUGCUCCCAGUUGUCCCCAGUUGUCAAGCAUCCAGUCCCAAUCUAACGCCACCCCACCGUCCGGCCCGACGCAUCCUUUGGGAGGGCCUGCAGCAUCGUCUAUUGCGACCCGCGAUUCGAAGCCCGCCUGCGACGGCGACGACGACGACACCACGCCUGCAAUGCCGGUCCGGGCGCGGUCCAAGGUGGUCAAGCUCGCCGUCGCCAGCAAUGCCAGUAGCGCCAGCAACGCCGGCCGGAGGAGUGUUAGCCGCAACUCCUCCUUCUCCAGCGUCGCCCAGGAGCAGCUCGAGCAACUCGCCCAGGACGCCGCGUCCAACGUCGCCGUCGAUGCACAGGAUCUCAAAGUCUCAAUCGCCCGCGAUGAAGAAGACGACAAUUCCGCCAUGGGCGUUGGUCUCAACUCCGAAGCCAUGCUGUCCAACAACAGCGGCAUGUUGCACAAUGCCCUCGAUGCCACCCCAGAGGCCACCCCCUUCCCCACGCCCAUAAACCAGACGGCCAACCCGCCCACCCGCACCGCCGGAGACGUGGCACUGGGCAUAUACGGAGACUCAAUCAAGAUCGAUAGCGCCCUAUGCAAAAAGCUGGCGUGCGAAGAGGCCUUGCGCGAUCCCGGCCAGCGGCGGACGGGACAAAAGCUCAACAUGGAACGACGUAGCAAUGUCGAGGCAAUGCUCGCCCACGUCACGGGCGAACAAGUUGCGCGGCCAUGCAAGAACUGCCACAAGGGCCAUGGGCCAUGGAACCAAUGCGUCGUCUACGACGGUCAAAUGUGCGGUAGUUGCACGAACUGCUGGUUCAAUGCUAGCGGGGCGAGAUGUACGUUUCAUGAAAACAACCACCCUCAGGCACAGACCAUCUUUGGCUCUGCCGUGUCCGUGGCACACCAGCCCACCUUGCUCUAUCAGCAAACGCCGGUUCCGCUCCCGCCAAUGCCCCAGGCCGCCCCGGGCAUCUCCCAAACAGUGCCCACCAUGCCUCAGCUUUCCCCCGCUACUGUGACUAUGGCCGCUUUCCCGGACAUGGCCCAUUGGGGCUUGACUGAUCCGACUAGGCGUCUGGUCACCCAGGCCAUGGGCGAUGUUGUUGGCUUCUCUCGGAGGGAAAGACACCUCGCAAGAAUCGAAGCCGCUGCUAAGGAGCUCGGUAUGCGAGUUGCAGAGUAUGAUGAGUACCUUCGGACGCCAGAGGGCAUGGCUGAGCAUCAGCGUGCUCAGGAGCAAGCCCAAGCCCACCUCUCCGAUGCUGGGCUCGAUGACACGCACUCGCACGCGAGCCCGCUGCCCUGACGGAUGCAGCAUUCUUAUGUUCUGCCAUGCUGAGCCUUUGCAUCAUAGUUGUGCAGGCAACAACGCUGGAAACAUAUCUACCU